AAUUGUACUUGCUCCGACAACUUCGCGACAAGCUUCUCGACAACUUUUUGCAUCGUCAGCAGAACCUCCAAACCAGACAAGAUGGGUAGACUUCACAGCAAGGGCAAGGGCAUUUCGUCCUCCGCCGUCCCCUACUCUCGCGCCGCUCCCUCGUGGCUCAAGACCACCCCCGAGCAGGUCGUCGACCAGAUCUGCAAGCUGGCCAAGAAGGGUGCCACUCCUUCUCAGAUCGGUGUUGUCCUGCGUGACUCCCACGGAAUCUCCCAGGUCAAGGUUGUCACUGGUAACCGAAUUCUGCGAAUCCUCAAGUCCAACGGCCUCGCCCCCGAUAUCCCUGAGGACCUGUACAUGCUGAUCAAGAAGGCUGUCGCUGUCCGCAAGCACCUUGAGCGCAACCGCAAGGACAAGGACUCCAAGUUCCGCCUCAUUCUGAUCGAGUCCCGAAUCCACCGUCUGGCUCGUUACUACAAGACCGUCGGUGUCCUGCCCCCCACCUGGAAGUACGAGUCCGCUACUGCCAGCACCAUUGUCGCUUAAACGGGGAAAAAAAGACCACGGGUUAUUUUGGUCAUGGUCGUGGAGGUUAUCAGGUCUUGGAGUUUGGGACAUUUAUGAAAAAGCUGCAUUUAGAGCUAUGAUUCUUCUGCGUUGGUCUUGAAAGACCGAGCCGGCAGUCAAAUGCUCAAAUCGAAAGCAAUUGGACUGCUCAUUGAUAUAGAUGUGCUCUGGGUAUCCUGAAAUCCCUGAUCCUUGUAAUCUGAAAUCCUCAACGCCUUCAACGUG